AUGCAAUUCGAUUCAACCUUUCAGAAGAAUCCGUUCCCGUCAUUGAUUGCUGCAGAGAAACUACCGUUAGAUGCCUACGAAGUAGCGUAUUCGGUCAAUAAGCAAAAACGUUGGAAUAUCAUGAAAAUUGCAAGGAAAUCGAUCACUUCCUUCCAAAAUGCCGAACUUGGAUUGCGCGUCUCAGUUUGCAACUGCAUCACGCAGUCCAAAGUGAAAUAUGCUUCCGACGCCCCGGAAAACAGGUCGAGCACUCUUGGUUAUGGUGCUAUGAUCACUGAAUUUCAUGGUAUUAACGGAAAUUAUCAUAAUGAAUAUCAUUUAAACAAUAUCAACAAAACCAUUUUCGAUAUCUACGGAACUCGUCAAAGGUAUCCCAUCAAGAAAAAGCCACGUCUCUACCGUCGCACAUUCCCGAAAUUCAAAACAUUGGCAAUAGGAAAAAAUGGAGAAAGUUUGAAUAAGGGAAUGCACCCAAUACACGUUAUGUUCUUGCAUCAUUCGUUUGACCGAAGCGUUCGUUCAUUGAAUAUGCGACGAAAGUUGCCAAGUAUACCUGCAUAUGAAUAUGCAUGCGCAUACGUUUCGAGGCGGAAACAUAAGAAAGCAAUCAAGAAAACACGCAAGCAUACGGCAUCUGGUCGGUACCAUCGAAAAUGUCAAUGUUAUCACAAAUGCGGAUUGACGAAAGAAACGGAUCAAGUCAAAAUAAUAACAAAGAAUGCACGCAAACGACUAUUGUUGUGGGAGUUGGAGGACGAAGUAUAUGAGUGGGAGCGAGAAAUCAGAGUCGGUUCUGAUAUUGAAAUUGAAAAUGAAUUCGAUGGAUUCAAUGAUGUCGAGAAUGAUGGUCAAAUAUGCUCGUAUGCUGAAGCAAGCCAACACAAACCUUACCAACCAACAUUGAAUGACUUCAUUGGUAUUUGGGGAGAUAAACGAAAGCACAAAAAUUGUUCACGAAAAAAGGUGAGAACUGUGAAUCGCUCAUCAGAAUACGACAUUUGGUUACACUCGUCACCGUCGACUGGAACUGUCACUGUUGAGGAAUACAAAGAGGAAUAUGAUAUUAACAACAAUCGCAAAGAGACCAUCAAGCACAUACCUCCACCCAGUAUCGUGAUUAAUCUGCAUGAUGAUUGUCCAGCAACAAAUAUCGAAACAAUUGCCUCAAGACUUAUGCCAUAUGCAGUUGAACUUUUUGGUGUCAUACCUCGAACAUUCCUUUCAUCAAUUCCGGAUACAUCCGACGAAUUNAGGUUCAUAAUAAACACAAGUGAUAAAAGCUCAGAAUCAGAAGAGUGUUCAGUGUCAUACUCACUGAGACUGUCGACGUCGUUAACUCGGUUCAUUCCAUCUGAUCACUUCGUAUCAUCAAAUGUCUAUGAACCUCACGCUGCUGAAUGUAUCGCUUGUGAACAAUACUCGUUUAACAGGCCAUCCAAGUGCAAUGAAGUGGCCUCCACUUCUGGUGUCAUACCGUCGGACUCGUCUUAUUGUGCUGUAUGUGAUUCAUGCAGCGAUGAUGGCUUUUCUCUGCAAUGUUCACAUCGAUUCUGUCGAGAAUGUUGGACCUCAUAUGCUUCGUCAAUGAUCACUUCUGGUAUUGUGCCCAUCAAAUGCCCGGUAAAUCUUUACGGAAGUGUAUGA